GAGCUGAAAAGAGCGUUGACUACUACCUGGUGUAACAACCUACCUGCUCUAUCGGCCAUUUGGGAAAAAACAGUCUGAAACUAUUGACGUUCAAGAGCAGUGUUCCACGAAAUUUAACGUCAAAACUGUUCGCCUUCAAACGCCCCGUAAUAUAAACAAAACUUUUCAUUCGUUUCUUGUUGGUAGAGAAAAGUGGCCGUGAUAUUUUGAGAAAAUGCAACAUGAUUUCUGCGAGUGACUUCAACGAUAGAGGCUAACGCUAUCUCCUGUUGUUUUAACUACUUAUGGUUACCUGACCAAUCAUUCCUUAAAAUGUGAUGAAAGUUUUCUGCAACUAAAGUGAGAGUUUAAAAAAGUUUUGGACUUCGUGCUUUGUGAACAAUAGUUUCUUAAAUUUUACAUUAAGUUUGACAAAAUUGGGGUUUUUUGAAAAUGUUGAACUGCUUCGUCAUAUUCUUGCUGUGUCUAGUGGCAAACCCCUCGUCUGGUCAAAAAAGUUUGUUUGAAUCUGAAAUUGGUGGUGAUGAAAAUCGAAGGCUUAAUAUUGGAGUUAACCUGCCCCCAAAGUUUCUCCCUGGUGGAGACAUGGAAGGCUUUUCACUUCCAGAAGACACAGCUGUUGGAACCAUUGUUUACCGAUUGAGAGGAGAAGACCCUGAAGGGUCAAGAGUUGCAUACAGCAUUAGUGGAGACCACUUGAGUGUUGUUAGAAAUACUGGAGCUGUAACUUUAGUAAAAGCAUUAGAUCAUGAAGCUGCUGCAAUAAUAGAAGUAAUCAUUACUCUGACUGAUGAGAAGGGUCCAACAGCUGAACCUAACAUUGUCAGUAUUCGACGAGAGAUCACCAUCGAAGAUCGCAACGAUAACCCCCCAAAAUUUUCAGAGCCGUCCUAUUCAUUUUCCGUUAACGAAACUGUUGGAGUUAACACCCAAGUUUUUAAUAAAAUCCUCAUUUCAGAUGCAGACUCUGGCAGUAAUGGAGAGAUUAAAUUGACCUGCUUGAAACAGAAAUCACCUGAAGGAUGCGAAAAAUUUACCGUCCGAAGCCAGCGUAUUGCACCAGGCAAAUUUGCUGGCAUUGUGUCGGCAAGAAGUGGUCUAAACUACGAGGAAAGUAGCCGUUUCACGUUAGUUCUCCAAGCUGAGGAUUUAGCCAAAGAGCCUGGCUCUGCCUUAACCAGCACGGCUACGAUAACGGUUGAAGUCCUCGAUGUCCAAGACCAGCCACCGGUCUUUCUAAACGCACCAUAUCGUCCCGUAAUACAAGAAAACAGCCCUGUUGGUCAUCCGCUAAUGAAAGUACUUGUGCGAGAUGGAGACACGGGUCAGCCUCGUGAUUUACAGCUUGACAUCAUCGAUGAUCCCUUAGGAUAUUUCCGUGUUAGCUCAUUCAAAAUGAAUGAUAACAUUGGCUCUGCGACGAUCGUGGCAUCUGACAACCCAGUUGAUCGCGAAGACCAAGUUAUUCUGCGAAGCGGAGGCACAUAUUCAUUUGGAUUAAAGGCAACAGAGUUGGUUGGGAAUAAACCAGUGAACGAUUUCACUGUAGAAAAUGUCACUGUGAUGAUCAUCGAUGUCAACGAUCAACCUCCAGUGUUCAAUCAGGCACAAUAUUCAAUUGGCAUCCCGGAAAAUCUCGAUAUUGGAGAGGCGCUGCCUGGUCUCGAUAUGACCGUAUCGGAUAGCGAUACUGGAGUUCAUAGUCAGUUCGGAUUGGAACUGAUCCCCUUACGGAACGCCGAUAACAUCUUUGAGGUCCAUCCGAUGUCAGCCACAGGCCGUACACCUGUACUCAUUAAAGUUACUGGAGCUGACAAACUCGAUUACGAGAAUCCUGAUCGGCGGGAAAUGGUCGUCCAAGUUAUUGCUCGAGGAGGAGGCCGUCGUCUCUCGUCUACAGCUACACUCACUAUUCUUCUAGUUGACGUCAAUGAUAAUAAUCCAAUAUUUGAAGAACCCUCAUAUAGUUUUAAUGUGGUUGAGAAUUCAGCACCAGGUUCAUUAAUCUCAAGGUUAAGUGCCACAGAUGCUGACAGUGGUGUUUACGGACAACUGCGUUACGAGUUGAGGGGGUUUGGAUCUGAACACUUUUCAGUUAACGCAUCUACAGGUGACCUGACAGUGGGGAUAUGCGGACUUUCAACUUGUUUAGAUUAUGAGGAUCAAGAUAUCUUCACGUUAACCUAUACGGCCAUUGAUGGAGGAGGAAAAUCAACAUCCGUGCCGCUUACCAUUAAAAUUGAUGAUGUUAACGACAAUCCGCCCGUUUUUGAGCAGAAUCAGUACAGGCGACUUAUUCAAAAUCGAGCCAUUGACUUUGACCCACAGCUAGUCCUAAAGGCUACCGACAAAGAUGGGAUGCGGAAAGGCCAUUCUCAGCCGACACAAGAUGGCAGAAUUUCUUAUUCCAUUAUAGCAGGCAAUACCGCAGACAAUCUGUUUCACAUAGGUCGCGAUAGUGGCAUUCUAGAUGUUACUCGACCUAUCAAUGCGACCGAAUUGGGUGAGGUUAGGUUCGUGCUUACAGUACGGGCAACUGAUUCAGGGACGCCACCCCAGCACGCUGAUACAGUGGUGACGAUCACUGUGGGGGCUGUCGAUGGAAAUGAUCCACCCAUCUUCCAGCAGAGCCAUUACCACAUCAACGUAGUCGAGCGAGCUACACCAGAUUCGUUUGUCAUUCAGUUAAAUGCCACGGAUCCAGAUGGGCCAACUGAAAACCUUCGCUAUCGCGUUGUUGGAGGAUCAGCUGUUGAUUGGUUCACUGUUGAUGAAGUGUCUGGAAUUGUUAGGGUCGCCCGCGGUGGCGCGCUCCAAUGGGAUCAAGAAUCUCCGCUUCUAACGUUAGCAAUAGCUGCAGUUGACCAAGGCCAGCCUCUUGCCCAAACGGCCACUGCCACAAUCACCAUACAGGUUGAAGAUAUCAAUGAUAAACCACCCAAUUUUGAUAAGCAACUGUUUAUUCAUCACGUUGCCGAGGUUACGGCUGUUGGAACUCGGGUUUUGGCUCUAGGGGCCAGUGAUCCUGACACAAGCUCACAGUUAAGAUUUCGUUUGACGGAACCAUUCCAGAUAAGGAACAAAGGGGGUUAUUUACGCAACGAAAUCCAAAGCGAAUAUUUCUCAAUUUCGGAAACUACCGGCAUCUUGACUCUUACCAAGCCGCUUGACCACGAAAAUGCUGCUGUCGUAAUGUUUCGGGCUGAAGUCGAGGAUAUGAAUGCCAGUCAAGAAUUUCCGAACCAAACAGACGUUGCUGAGGUUGCAAUUUAUGUACAAGCGCACACUGAUAAUGGUCCCAUUUUCUCACCACCGUGGUCGCCAGCACAUCCUAUCAUCAGGGCGGAAGUGGUUGAAGAGCAAGACCCGGGCAUUAUAUUCCUCACUCUUCAAGCACAUGAUCCUGUCACAGGUCUGCUAAUUUCUCACUUCGAGCUUGUGGAUGAACAAAAGCCGAUGAGUGAAGCCUUAACAAGCACACAGCCCGAUUCCGGGACUUCGCUGGAAUCUCUGUUCGAUCAAAUUCGUUUCACGAACGAUACGGAAUCCAUAAAUAACACAGCCAAGUCAAUACUGGAUCCUGAUAUUUCCACGCUGAUUGAGCUGAACAAGUUGACGGGAGAGUUGACAUUUAAAAGGCGUAUCGAUUAUGAAGAACUGGUUAACAAGAGCUUACAAUUCCAAGUACAAGCAAUAGCUGGUGAAGCAGAGAAUAGGAGAAUGAGUUUAGCCACAGUCAAACUCGAUAUAUUGGAUGCCAACGACAAUAGUCCACAAUUUGCCGAAGAGGAAUAUAAAGUGAAAAUUUCGGAAUCUAUUCAUCAUCCAGAUGUGUUAGUAACAGUGUCAGCUACAGAUAAAGAUUCCGGAAAGUUUGGCCAAAUUCUUUACUUUGUCUCGGGUGACGGGGCCGAUCUUUUUGUUAUUGAUGAUCCCACAACUGGGGUUGUAAGGGUGGCCCCAAACGUGUCGCUGGAUCGAGAGAAGCAACCUAGCUACACUUUUACCAUCAUUGCUGCAGAUCAACCACAAGGCAGUGAAGAGCAGCAACGUUCCUCUGUUUUAGUAAUGGUAGAGCUUAUAGACGUGAACGACAACGCUCCUGCAUUUACUCAGUCUUCAUAUACUGCCGUUGUUCCGGAGAAUGCUCCUCUAGACUGGAGUGUAUCGCAAGUUGAAGCCGUGGAUCCUGAUGAGCAAGAAGGUGGUAUAGUCGAGUAUAGUUUGGUGAACGGUGGCAGACUAGAAGGGUUGUUGACGGUUAUGCCGAAUACGGGCAGUAUCAUUGUCAAGGGCCCCUUGACAGGAAAAGGGCGAUCGGAACCUUACGUAUUAACCCUUAGAGCUCAAGACAAGGGCGAAUCCCCGCUUUUUUCUGAUAUAGACAUAAACGUUUAUGUAGGCGACAUCACGCCAAACGACGGUGUACCAUCAUUUGUAAAGCCUUCCUUUGAUGAGAAAGCAUAUAUUGUUGAGGAAGCACCUAUUGGAAGCAUUGUAUUUCAAGCAUUGGCCAUUGAUCCGGACGAUCCAGCUACGCCCAAUGGACGCCUUACUUAUAAGUUUCUUGAUGAUGGAACACUUGGUAGUGAUCAUGCUUUCUUCGAAAUCCAUCCAGCUACGGGAGUUGUAACUACAAAAGCUCGCCUCGAUCGUGAAAGCAAAGCAAGUUACACGCUGAUUCUUGUGGCACGAGAUCAGGGAACACCGUCACAACAAGCAACUAGACGGUUAAAUAUUAUCGUGCGGGAUAUUGACGAUCAUCCGCCACAGUUUAUACGCACACCGUACGAUGGGCCGCUGCAAUUCAGUGUCCUAGAGCAGGUUGAGCCUGGUUGGUGUGUUGAUCAAUUAAGGGCCUCUGAUCCUGAUCAAGGAGAAAACGCUGCCAUCGAAUAUCUUAUUAUCUUUGGAGAUGACGCUGGAGUAUUCACCCUGGAACGAAAUCCAGACAACUUGGUUCGAUUAUUGGUGAAAGGCACUAUCGACCGUGAGAUGGUAGAUAGCUACUUGUUAACCAUCAAGUGCUUUAAACCAGCAGAAAAGCCUUCUGAAUUGCGAAAGAUGUACAAUCCCCAGGACACGAGUGAAAUUCAAGUAAAAAUCACUGUCAAAGACAUCGACGACAAUGAUCCGGUAUUUGUCCAAACGAAUAUUACUACCGGUGUACGUUUAAAUGCACCCCUGCAUACGGAGGUGGUGAGGCUAGAAGCCAUUGAUCCAGAUGCUGAAUCCGGCCCCGUGUUCUACAAGCUACUUAAUGUUAGUUUUAUACGUGCUCACCAUUAUGCUUCAAGCGGAGGAGAUACACAGAUAGACUCGUCGCCAGCUGUGGCUAAAACAUUCGACUUGGAUACCAUUUCUGGUUUGCUUACUACUAGCCAAACCUACGGCCUCUUCGUUGACGGCUAUUUCUUACUUCAUGUCUGCGCAUGGACCGGUGAAGAAAGCCGUUCCCGCAAAGCUUUUAAUACGCUGAAGAUUUACAUUUUACGAGAUUCGGAGUUGAUGAAAUUCGUGUUUACUAAACCCCCUCCCGAUGUAAAACCUAUGCUAGCCGACUUUCGGUUGUCAGUUGAACAAAGCCUUGAGUUGCCGCUGACUUUAAAUCUGUACGAGUCUCAGUUCUACUCGCGUGAUGGAGCUCUAGACUUUUCCAGUACUAGUUCCUGCUUCCAGUUGGUCGGCAAAGAUCACGUUUUUGAUCUAAAAGACACGGAAUUGCUUCUGAAUGCAGAGCGAAACCAGCGUCUACGAAGCGUUUACGAUAAAUUCUCUGUUGCCAACUUAGAGCGCUGCGUACCUCGUGGAACUCUAUACGAGAUCAACAACCUUGAAAUUUGGUUACUGGUUAUUGGUUGUCUGAUUGGUGCAAUGGCACUUAUUGCAGCCUUAACAACAUGUUGCCUAUUUACAAGAUACGAAUCGAGAAUGAAAAAACUAAAUCCUGGUAUACAGGUAGCCGAACGAUCUGGAACGGGAACGAGGAGGUCGUCGUCGAUUGUUCAACCUCACGCUUCGUUGUUGAAUCUGAGCCCCGAUAGCCAGAUAUAUUAUGAUGGCCACUCAUCCCUUGCCAGAUCGGUUCUGUAAUGUGAGCUGAAUGCCAAAGGACGGCAUUACCAAGUGCAAUCGCGCGUGUCGUUAUUUACUAAAGCAAAAAGACACGACCUGUGUUUGUGAUUACUUUUAUAAUUUUAGACUUUUGACUUCAUAAACGAUAUUUAGGGUC